CAGAUAAGCCAAACUUUGAAGCUGGAACGGACAAUCGCCAGCCUGAGAGAUCUGAGGGCGAGCAACCCGUCUCCCCCAUGGCCUCCACUCUGGACAUACCUAACCCUGAUCUACUGGGGGAUCCUCCUCAACUUCUCCCUGUCCCUGAAGAGCCGUCCUGUACCUCCUGCCAAGGUCUUCUGUCUCAGAACCAGCAGCUUACCAAAGACCUGCUGGACCUGCGGAAAAAACUGAGCUACCACAUCAGAUGGUCGAACAGAGCCAGGAGAGUUAUAAAGCAACUGCAGGAGUCCCUCCAGCAGACGUCCUCAGGCCCGGUUGAGACUGAAGACGUGGACGCUCCCUUGGAUGAAGGCUCGGAGGAGUGUUUAGAUGAAGCUGAGCAGGAAGAAAUGGAGUCCAAGCCAGGCCCGCGGGCAGCAAAGGCUCCAACUCCAACUUUGUUUUACCCAGUGGAAUACUUGGAUGAGUACUGGGUGCACCUAAAAGGCUCGUGCGGUACAAAAAAACACCUGGAAAACCAGAAGUCGAAAGUCCGCCGGAUAAUGCUCUUUCUUGCGUUCAUCACCGAAGGCCAAACCAUGCAACAAAACUGGAUGUUUCUCCCUAACAUUCGGAGGAUAUAUCAGUGGCCUGACUACCUGCUGAACGAGGGGAAGGCUGUCACAACAAUAAAGGCUUACCUUGUAAAUACCUCGGAGUUCCUGUCAUACUUCAAGGACACACCGCCGCCAGCAUCCAGGGUCCCCAAGGCCUCCUUGUUCGCUGUGAUCCGAGCCAUCUCGUCCUCCAUCUCCAAGCUUGGAAGGCGUGUGGUGAUCCGACAGAUCAGGAUCAAAAAACGAAAAAUGAGCAGAGCCAUCUCCAGGCAAAACCUCCACACUUGCCAGGUUACAGCAAGAGCGAGGAUCCCCGAGAUUAUUGAUAAUCUGUCCGCUGACCCCAGUCCUGAGAACCGCAGAAGGUUCUUUGGGUAUGCCAGCGUCUACCUGGCCAGCCUGUAUGGACACAGAACAGGUGUCCUACGCAACAUGACUGCGUCAGAGGUUGAUGAAGCCCAGAAGGAGGCGAAACUGGGGGAUGAUGGUUUUGUGAUCAAUGUGAAGGAGCACAAGACAAACCGUGCCUUUGGUCCGGCGCAGCUUUACCUGACCGUGGAGUUUGCCUGGUUCGAACAGUGGCUCAUAAUCAGGGAGAGAUUGAAUCCAUCCACCGAUCUGUUGUUCUUCACCGAAAACAAUACCAAAAUAGACAAACUGCUGACACACAUGCAGGCAGCAUGGAUUAGAUAUGGGUCUACCAGGGUGCCCGACUUUUACUGACUUUCGGACCUCCAUAGCGACCUAUGCCAGGAACAUUCUCUCUCCCACAUCCCGACAGAAAAUCUCAAAGACCAUGUGCCACAACACUGCAACCGCGGAGAAGUACUACUCUCACCACCUCAACACCUCACAGCUAGCCCGGAUCAGGGAGGACUUUGAGCUGGCCAUUAAGCCGGUCAGUGCAUUGUCCCCACGGAGGGAGGAACCUCUGCUCCUCACUCUCUUGGAGUCAUCCAGCGACAGUGCUGCGGAGCCCCAGGAGAAACCACCUCCGCAGAAGCAAAAGACACUCAGCCCGCCAGGAACUUCCUCAUCCAGCACAACCGAAACCAGCACCAGCACAGAGGAGGAGGAUGAUGAUGGUGGUAGUGGUGGUGGUGGAACCAGCCAGUCCUCCCAGUCAUCCAGCCCAGAGUCAGGGUCAGGUUCCACCCAGAGCUCAGCGGCCUCCAGCUCUUCUUCCACCCAGUCCUCCAAGUCAAGCAGCUCAGAGUCAGGGUCGGGUUCCAAAGAUGGCUCACCAGCCUCCAGGCCUGAGGAAGCAGCAGCAGCAGCAGGAUCACCACCCUAUCCUCCCACCCAGGCCUUAGCUGACUCCACCCAACAGGCAGCAGCACCUUCCAGCCAGGACACACAGGGUUCAUCCUCCACCCAGAGUUCCCCCAAAUUAAAAAAACGUAAGAGCAGUAUCAGUCCGUUGUAUAGAUACAGGCUAAGACAUCGGCACAUGCGAGUUACCCCAAAAAGGCACAUGCUACGGGCACGGAAGUCCAAAAAACAAUAGUGUUAAUAAAAAAAAAAAUUAACAAUAAACAUGUAAAUAUCCUGUUCGUACACUUUAAUCUAACUGUUUUGGUUUGCUGUGUUAUUUAAUGUUUUGUUUUGUGUUUCUAAAAAGAAACUACAGAAGAAACCAUGUGUAUUUAAUUCUUGUUUUAAACAACUGUUUGCAAAAGUACCUUUUUAUUUAUCUUAAUUUAAUAUGUUGGUUUGCUGUGUUGUUUGUAAUAGUUUGUGUGCAGAAAGAG